CGCAUGUCUCACCUCCGCCCUCCAGUCGCUAGAGGCAGUAUGGGGUAGUUUGGAAGGUUUUUAGCGGCUCUUCAUCCUGAUGUUCGCAAACUGGAAACAUGGCAGACUCAGAGGGAAAAGAUGGAGAUGGGAAGUUAGAGGGGAUUGCACGAGCGAAGAGUGAAGGUCGAGAACUGACUAAAGAAGAGAAGCAGCGUUUGCGUAAAGAGAAGAAACAGCAGAAGAAAGGCAAAAAAGAUGACAAGGGUCCAGCAGAUAAAGGGAUGGAUAAAGAAAAAAAAGCAGCUCCUUCCGCUGCUCAGCAGCCAGUUACACAGAGUCCAGCACAGAAAGUGCCAUCAGCCGUUGCUGCUCCUGUCAGCGUACCUACAUCAGAGAGCUCUACGUCUGCAGACAAGCCGGCUAAAAGUAAAGCAGAGCUGAAGGCAGAGCGAAGGGCACGUCAGGAAGCAGAUCGCACUUCAAAACAGGCUAAGAAAGAGCCGGGUACCACCUCCACAAGCAAGCCUAAAGCUCCACAGAGUGAUCUUCAGUCAGUGGUGAAACGAUUACCAGAACACAUCCAAGUAGAUGAUCCUGCAGUGGUGAGAAAGCUGGCCAAGAAGCUUGAGAGACAACAGAUUCCUCUGAGGUCGGAGUACGGCUACAAAGUCAGCCUGUUCUCCCAUCUGCACCAGUACAGCCGCAAAGCCCCUCUCACACAACAAAUCAGCAUCCCUGCCACAGUAAUCCACCCCUCCAUAGUCCGGUUGGGCCUGCAGUACUCACAGGGCAUCAUAGCCGGCUCGAAUGCUCGCUCUGUGGCUUUGUUACAUGCCUUUAAACAGGUGAUUCAAGACUACAGCACUCCUCCCAAUGAAGAGCUGUCCAGGGACCUAGUAAAUAAACUGAAGCCCUACAUCAGUUUCCUCAAUCAAUGUCGCCCCCUCUCUGCAAGCAUGGGUAAUGCAAUCAAAUACAUCAAGAAAGAAAUCUCCAAUAUUCCAAAUCAGUGCAAGGAGGAGGAGGCUAAGAAGAAACUAUUGUCAUGUAUUGACAACUAUGUAAAUGAGAAGAUCAAGCUGGCUGCUGAAGCCAUCUCUAAAUGCGCAAGUGAAAAGAUUAGUGAUGGUGAUGUCAUUCUAGUUUAUGGAUGCUCCUCACUUGUUAAUUAUAUCCUGUGUGAGGCAUUUGAGAAACUCCAGAGGAAGUUUCGAGUCAUCGUGGUGGACAGUCGGCCCAGACUGGAGGGCAGGGAAGCACUGAGGCGUUUGGUGAAGAGAGGCAUUCGCUGUACCUAUGUGCUCAUUUCUGCCCUCUCCUACAUUCUGCCUGAGGUUUCCAAGGUGUUUCUUGGAGCCCAUGCCCUUCUGGCUAACGGAUACGUCAUGUCACGAGUAGGAACAUCCCAAAUAGCCCUUGUAGCCAAGGCGUACAAUGUGCCUGUGCUGGUCUGCUGUGAGACCUACAAGUUCUGUGAACGAGUGCAGACUGACUCCUUUGUAUCUAAUGAGCUGGAUGACCCCGAUGACCUGAUCGUGACACGGAAGGGAAAGACCCAGCUGGAGAACUGGCAGAGUGUGAAAUUGCUGGGCUUGCUGAACUUGGUUUAUGAUGUUACUCCGCCAGACUUUGUUGACUUGGUGAUCACCGAGCUAGGCAUGAUCCCCUGUACCUCCGUGCCUGUAGUGCUACGAGUGAAGAGUGUGGAUCAGUGAUGAUCAGGCUUCCCUCUUGCAUCUGUGUAUUCACAAGCCUGCACACACUGCACAUCUGGCAUAGAAUAAACCUUUAUCUAAAAUGCCAUUUCAUUUUUAA